AGAGGAGCGGCGGCGCGGCGCGGCGCGGGGCGCGGGGCGGCAUGGCCACCACCGCGCAGUACUUGCCGCGGGGCCCCGGCGGCGGAGCCGGGGGCACAGGACCGCUUAUGCACCCGGAUGCCGCGGCAGCAGCGGCAGCGGCCGCGGCCGCAGAGCGGUUGCACGCGGGGGCCGCGUACCGCGAAGUGCAGAAGCUGAUGCACCACGAGUGGCUGGGCGCGGGCGCGGGCCACCCAGUGGGCCUAGCGCACCCCCAGUGGUUACCCACGGGAGGAGGCGGCGGCGGGGACUGGGCCGGCGGCCCGCACCUGGAACACGGCAAGGCGGGAGGCGGCGGCACCGGCCGAGCCGACGACGGUGGCGGAGGCGGCGGUUUCCACGCGCGCCUGGUGCACCAGGGGGCGGCCCACGCGGGCGCGGCAUGGGCGCAGGGCGGCACGGCACAUCACUUGGGCCCCGCCAUGUCUCCGUCGCCAGGGGCCGGCGGGGGCCACCAGCCCCAACCGCUGGGGCUGUACGCGCAGGCGGCCUACCCCGGGGGCGGAGGCGGCGGCCUGGCCGGGAUGCUGGCGGCGGGCGGUGGCGGUGCGGGGCCGGGCCUGCACCACGCGCUGCACGAGGACGGCCACGAGGCGCAGCUGGAGCCGUCGCCUCCGCCGCACCUGGGCGCCCACGGACACGCACACGGACAUGCACACGCUGGCGGCCUGCACGCGGCGGCGGCGCACCUGCACCCGGGGGCGGGCGGCGGUGGCUCGUCGGUGGGCGAGCACUCGGACGAGGACGCGCCCAGCUCGGACGACCUGGAGCAGUUCGCCAAGCAGUUCAAGCAGCGGCGCAUCAAGCUGGGCUUCACGCAGGCCGACGUGGGGCUGGCGCUGGGCACGCUGUACGGUAACGUGUUCUCGCAGACCACCAUCUGCCGCUUCGAGGCCCUGCAGCUGAGCUUCAAGAACAUGUGCAAGCUCAAGCCGCUGCUCAACAAGUGGCUGGAGGAGACCGACUCGUCCAGCGGCAGCCCCACCAACCUGGACAAGAUCGCGGCGCAGGGCCGCAAGCGCAAGAAGCGCACGUCCAUCGAGGUGGGGGUCAAAGGCGCGCUCGAGAGUCACUUUCUCAAGUGCCCCAAGCCCUCGGCGCACGAGAUCACAGGCUUGGCCGACAGCCUACAGCUGGAGAAAGAGGUGGUGCGGGUCUGGUUCUGCAACCGGCGGCAGAAGGAGAAGCGCAUGACCCCGGCUGCCGGCGCGGGCCACCCGCCCAUGGACGACGUUUACGCCCCCGGCGAGCUGGGGCCCGGCGGGGGCAGCGCGUCGCCGCCCUCGGCGCCCCCGCCGCCCCCGCCGGCCGCUCUGCACCACCACCACCACCACACACUGCCGGGCUCCGUGCAGUGACCCCGCGGGCCGGGCCCCCCGCCGGUGCGCGGCGAGGCGCCGCGCGGCCUGAACUCUUUUUUGUUCGGUUGCUUUGGAUUUUACAAAAAGCCCACAAACUUUCGAAUAAAACCAAACACCCGGACCAUCCUCUCCUGCGAGCGGCGAAGACGCCGACAGGCUGCGUCGCCCGAGCCCCGAGAGAGAGGAGCGAAGAUCCGGAACGCGCCAACUCACUCUGGGCAUCCUGCCCACCGCCUGCUCCCUGCCCCCAACCCCUCGACGACCCCCGCCCCUGCCCCCCCGGGCUGUUCGGGGCCGGAUCCCGGCAGCGGCCUCCCCACAGCGACAGGUAACGCGGUACGGGGUUAGGGAUUCCCCGGGAGAGAGGACGAAGAGAGGCGAGCUCCCCAUCCCUCUUCCCCGCGCGGAUCCCCCGAGCCUGCGGGUCACGGGUGGGGAACUGUCACCUUAUUCGCUCCACGCCUCUUCUCUCCCAUAAGGAUGCGCCCCAUCCCCCUUACCCUUCCUCCGGGCUUGGUUUUUUACGGUUUUUAUUUAUUCAUGGAGCCUCUCGGCUCCUGGGGUCCUUCUAACUCCGCCCGCGCCCUUAAUUUAAAUCGCUGUAUACUGUAUUUAUCGGGGCCCCGGAGGGGAGGCCGCGAGAGCCGCGUCUGUGUAUAAAAGCAGGAAAUAGCCAAAGCUUUAAUCUAGCCUAAUUUAUUUUUCCCCUUACCUUCCCUAUCUUACCCCUCAAA